GGGGGGAAACCCGGAAGAGGAUUAUGGAGCGAAGGUAAUACAGAGCAGCGUUAUGGCGAUCGUCUUGUGAAGCAAUGUAGAGAAAGCGGUCAAAAGUACACCCAUGUUGUUGAACUACAGAGGCGCAAAGUGGUCUCACUAGUGACCGACCGAACAUUUCGCAAUCACUAGCACGCACCCCUUCAUGUUAGUGAAAGUCAGUCCAUGUUCUUGUCCAAUGUUUUGCGUUGUUGCUUUGAGACGGAAAUACUCAGCUGUAUUUUAACGUAGUAUUUAAAAUACUUCAUAAUCUUUAUCGUCUGCAAGAGACAUGGGAAAUGGAAUGAACAAGGUUGUUGAUGGGCUCUACCUGGGAAAUAUCAGAGACUCGGAGAACAGAGAGAGUUUGUCCCAGAACAACAUCACCCACAUCCUGUCUGUGUACAACAAUGCUAAACCUGUGCUGGAGGACAUGACCUACCUGUGUAUCCACGCAGCUGAUGCGUCUAGCCAGAACCUGUCACAGCAUUUCAAAGAGAGCAUCAGGUUCAUCCAUGAAUGUCGUCUAAAUGGAGGGGCCUGUCUGGUGCACUGCCUGGCUGGUGUGUCCCGUAGCACUACCAUGGUGGUGGCCUACCUGAUGACCGUCACCACCUACAGCUGGGAGGAGUGUCUGUCGGCUGUCAAGGCUGUGCGUUCCUUCGUAGGCCCGAACUAUGGCUUCCAACAGCAACUACAGGAGUACCAGAUGAACCAAGUCACAGAGUACCGGGCAUGGCUGCGGGCCAGUUUCCGCCCCAGUCCCUUUAAGGACCAGGAGCAGGUGGGAGCCCUGCUGAACCAGUACAUAGAGCAGCAGCAGCAGGAGAACCAGAGAAGAGGAGGGGACCACGGCUGGAUGAACCAGGCCUCCAGUGUCUACCCUCUACCCUACAACGCCUACAACGGCUCUGGGGGCAACAGAUGAGCCAACGGGCCGUGAGUCUCCCUGGUCCCACCAACCUCCAGCUCUGCCUGGAGAGUGAGACACAGGCCCAGUCCCAAAAUCACCCCUAGGCACUUGUAUAGAUCUGAAAGGAUCUGAUGGGUAUAAGUAGGGCCAGGGGUUUUCUCUUGACCAAUACAUUCUCCAGACCCUAGUCCUAAGCAAUAUGGUAAUAGCUCCACCCUGCCCUCUGAUAGACUAGGUGGAAUUGUCACCCUAUUGCCUGUAACUAUUUAGUAUUUGCAGGUCCCAAGUGCAUAGGGGUUAGGGGUCUUUUGGGGCAUUGGCUAACUGACUCUCUCAUCACUGCACUACCUCCUGUGUCCCUCGCCACCUUCACCACUGAACUGACCUUAGUACAGCCUGAUCAGGAGUUCUGAUGCUCACUGAAGCCUUAGUCUAAACACCUCCACACCUCAAUACCUUGACCUUACAGCCACAUACUACCAAGAGGCUUCACCUGUCCUAUAACCUCGCCUCAAUUCAUCUCUAAACUUUUAAGGCCAAACAAAAUAUGUAGGACUAGCAGUUCACACAAAAAAAACAUCAGCCUAAAACCUAUAACUAGGACCUGGUUAGGUCACAUGGUAAGAAAAAAGUCCUGCACCUAACAUUACAUUUUAAUCAAUGUUAUUAAUAUGUUUACCAAUAUGUUAUUACAUGGUACCAUGAUUACAUCAUGUUAAAUGCAGUCCGCUGGUUAGAUGGAGGAUCUGAUUGGUGUUGAGGGUUUAAUGGACAUAGAAUGAACAUAAGAUGCUCUCCGCCCUUAUUUAAGCUGAUCCAGCUACUGUAUACCUGCAUGUGAUAAAGCUUUAAAUAACAGCAGUUUUGCCAUAGAAAAUGAAUGCCUCAUUCCAGUCAGUAAAAUGAAGGAUCAUUACAGCCCAAAGCCAUAACAUGGGGUCUUCCUAAAAUGUACGUAAAUGUUCUAUGGAAAUUUGUCAGAAGUUAUAAAUAUUAUUUUAUUUUUAGGGAAUUUUUAAGAUCUUUGUUAAAUGUUUAGCGGUACAAAUUAUGUUGUAUCAUAGUGUAUGUAUCUGCUUUUUUAAUAUGAAAAUGUACACUUUCAUUGUUUGCCCAAAAAUAAAUCUGCUAAUAAAUACUAUUAUGAAGCCAAAGCAGCAUCUUGUUAUUGAGACUGAAACAACCUUACAACAUAUACAACAAUUGUAUAAGGCUGGCUACAAACCAAAGUAUUAUCAAAUCAUAACAAAACGAAUGUGUGUUUGUGU